CUACAACAGCGCAUAAACUCCAUCCCUACAUAUCACAGCUUAAGCCUGACGGCUGUAAGAUUCAAGUACGGCAUAUGCUUGCGACUGCAGCAAGUGGAAGGUGACAGCAAGUUCAACAAGGACGGAAGCAUAGAAAACAAGUCUGACGGGCUGCAGCUGUCUGCAGGCAUUGCAACUACAUACGUACGAUUUGACAGUUGGUUGCUGUAUCAGACGACCCUGAUAACCCCCGCCGCCUGUCAUGGCGGCUGUCACUGUUUCGCCGGCUGCGUCGCCGACCUCGACAACCACCAGCCCGCGUAGGAAACCUGUUCCUACGACAGGGUUGCCCGCCAUUGCCUCCAUCGACCGCUUCGAAUGGAAUGACAAUGCGCCUUCUCUUCCCGGCGUCUCUCUGGCCGAAUCGCCUCGGAUCCGUGAGUCGCCUAUUACGCCCGUGAAGGUUAACUUCCAAUCCGACGGCUGGGCUCAACCGUCCAACGCCAAUAUCGAAACAGACCGGUCGUGCGACGGCUUACAGCCGAUCUCGGGCGUCCUCGAUCGUGCCCUCCCCGCGACCCCAAAUGCUCCGACUCCUCCGCCCCAUGCCCUAUUAAACGAAGAGCCGAGGCAAGAGACGUCUAGCCAUUCGGAGGCUCGGAGCGCACAGUCAGCACGAAAGGAGUCUGUGAAGCCAUUGCCGGGGCUAGAACUGCCCAGUGUGGCCAGGUUGAAGCUGGAAGCCUCUGGCCAAGACGAUCUCUCAUCCGAUUCUUCGCGAGUGAGCCAUGGAAGAGUUGCCAGUCGUCGAAGUCGAGAGUCGGAUACCACUGUUAGUACGUCUAAGCAACCUAACUCGAACGAUUCAUCAACGGCAACCAGCGCAAGUUCGGUGUCUGGCGUCAUUGAAGCUUCCGAUUGUCCAGACAACUCUGGCGAUAUCUCUCUUGAGAGCUCCAUCCUCGAAGAUGACUCUGCUCGGGCGGAACAGGUGCCCCAGCUCGCCUACCAUCAUUCUGCUUUCCUGCCGCGGCCGGCUAGCAUAGCUGUAGACCAGGACCUAAGAGCUCGGUCAAACUCUAGCCUUGUUGAUACCAGUGGUGCCAUCAACCGUCACUUAACGCCCAACUCUUUCAACAGACGAAGUUCAGUGCCACGUCCGCAGUCUGCAUAUUCGGUGUACUCGGACUUUGGGUCUCGGGGACAAUCCCCUGGUCUACAAAACCGAACACCAUCCGCAAAUUCUCGAAAUUCACCUGAUAAUCGACCACAGUCUUUUGCCGAGCUUUUGAACGUUCCAUAUCCCCAACCGGCACCUGCACCCCUCACACUCGAUAACUCACAGUUACGUAGUGUAGUUGGCACUAAUGCUUCUCUUCUCAGCGCCCAGAAAACGUUGGAGAUGUACAGGCAGAAUGUCAAGAAAACCACGGACUUCUCUACUCAGUAUUCCUUCGCCGUUUUUCUGAUCAAUACAGCAAAGGAGCAGGGCCUGAACUUUAACGAACUCAGGAAUUCUAAGAAUCUCAAACCUGGGCGAUCUUCAGAAACUCUAUCCGCAGAAGCCAACCAAUCUUCGCCAUACGAACUAGUGCGGGAAGCGCGGGCCAUCCUACAGAAAUUGUCCAACAACGGCUUCCCUUUUGCACAGUAUUAUCUCGCUGACGGCUAUGCCUCGGGUUUGUUCAACAAGGGGAAGGAGGACUACAACUCGGCGUUCCCUCUGUUCGUGUUAGCUGCCAAGCAUGGCCACGCAGAGUCCGGUUAUCGCACUGCUUUAUGCUACGAGUUUGGCUGGGGCUGUCGCAAGGACCCUGCCAAGGCUGUGCAGUUCUUGCGAACAGCAGCCUCCAAGCGGCACCCUGGCGCCAUGACAAGGCUAGGAAAGGCCUGUCUGUCGGGUGAUUUGGGCGAGAAGAGAUAUAGGGAGGGUGUCAAGUGGCUGAAGCUGGCCACCGAAUCUGCUGAUGCGAUUUAUAAUGCCGCUCCAUAUCAGCUUGGAUGCCUGUACGAGACAGGCUAUGGUGACGACAUCUUCAAGGACGAGAGUUAUGCGGCUGAGUUGUUCACCCAAGCCGCCGAUCUGGGCCAUCCCGAAGCCAAUUACAGGAUGGGCGAUGCCUACGAGCACGGGAAGCUCAACUGCCCAAGAGACCCUGCUCUUAGCGUCCACUUCUACACGGGCGCCGCGGAGCGUGGCCAUCCUGCUGCCAUGAUGGGACUCUGCGCUUGGUACCUGGUUGGAGCAGAUCCCAUCCUAGAAAAGGACGAAGAGGAGGCAUAUGAAUGGGCCAAGAGGUCCGCAGAGCUUGGGUAUGUAAAAGCACAAUAUGCUGUUGGCUACUUCACGGAAAUGGGCAUAGGAUGCCGAAGGGAUAUUUUGGAAGCCAACCUCUGGUACGUCAAGGCGGCCGAGGCAGGCGAUGAGCGCGCCAAGCAGCGGUUGGCAGUUAUCCGCGCGGCCGUCAGCGGAGGAACUCCUAUGGAGGUCGCUCCGGCUCGAAAUGCUAAGAUCAAGAAGAGUGCGGAAAAGGAUGAUAAGGAGUGCAUCGUCAUGUAAGAGACGGGACCUUUCAUAUCACCAGCAGACCAACAAACACCAGACAGAAUUCGAUGCCUUGCUCACGCUGUUUCGGCGAAGCCGACACGAGUCAGCCAGCCAGUUCGUGAUCGAGCGGGUUUAUUUUUCCUUUUUGGAUACCCUUAGUCGUCGUCUCUUUUUCGACCUUGCAUACCCGCGCGUGGACCUUACCACUCGUACAAAGAGUUGUUUUGCUCCUGCUUCAGGGGUUGUCUAAUAGACAAUGUCUCUACUGGCUAUCAUCUCGAUCCAUGAGUUCAGCUACGUGUCUGGCAUCCGACUGCGCCAUCGAGUUCAAAAUCCCUGAAAUCAUUGCUUUCUCCCUCAUUUUGCGACGGCGAUAGGCAGC